AUGAAAGAACUGCGACUAAACCCGGCCAAGCAUACUCAUGUAUCAGAAGUCCCUAUGGUACGCAAGCAUGGACUGAAUAGUUCAACAAAAUUCCAGAACCGCGCCGGCUGGGUGGGCAAUACCACCGGAUUUCGAGAUUGGCUGGGAGGACCAGAGAAAUCACAGAUACUGUGCGUCCAGGGCCGCGGCGCAUUCGAGAAGACUUCGCCGCUGAGCUUUCUCGUAUCGCUUCUUUACGAAAAGCUGGAACAGGCGCCGCGCACGCUGGUCCUUCUCUUCUUCUGUGGACGAAGCACCGUAAGCUCUGGACCUGCAAUCAUGGCAAGAGCAUUAUUCGUACAGCUACUCGCACUGUGCGAUAAACAUGGGCACACUGGCGAACGAGGGCGGCCUCUACUCUCAUUUCUUGGACACGACGAAAAGGCGCAGAUGAGAGAGCUGGACUUUGAGACGUACACAGACGCGCUCGCGCACCUUCUACGAGAUCUACGGAAGGAGUAUAGCGCUAUGUUCCUCCUGAUCGACGGCGUUGAGUUCUACGAUUCGGAGUGGGAGGAUGAGAUGGAUGGUUUCGUUAAGAGCAUAAAGAAGCUGGUCAAAUCGUUCAACAAGCCAGAUGAUGAAACAUCUGGUGGUGUUCUAAGGGUGCUUUUGACAGCUUCCUCAUGGUCGAGGCGCUUCUCGCCUCCUCCAAGAUCACUGGCCGUACUUGAUGUGCCCGAAUAUAUAGAUAGUUCUCUGGACGGGUUUGAGAGGUUUACGUAA